GUAUGUGAUUAUUGAUGUCGGUUUUAUGAAUGGAAGCUGAACAGCAAUAUGGAAAAAGAAUACUUAAUCAAGGAUUAUGAAGAAGCUGUUAGAAAGCAGGCAUUAUUAAUUGCGAGACAACAGGCUUUAAUAGAUGACCUGAGGGAAGAGCUGUCGACACAGCAGACCCGAUCAGCUUCAACCAACAAGGAAAAUCAGAAGAGAAUUGAAGCUUUGUUGCAGCAGAUACAAUCAUCAACUAUACAGGAGUCUGGUGAAGAGAUUCUCCUUUUAAAAAAAGAAGUUGAGACUGCCCAGAAGGAAAAGGAACUAUGCCAAGCAGAGAACAGUAGGCAGACUCUGGAAAUUGAGCGACUGCAGCAAGAGCUAGUUGGAUUACAAAGUGCAACCAGCGAUGCGCAGAUCCCACUCCAAGGCCAAUUUAGUGAUGAAUAUGCAAAGGUCGUGGAGGCUCUAGAGGAAGAGACAAACAGACUGCGAGCAGAGCUAAACAGACUGGAAGAUGAAAAGAUUGAAAUUCUCAAAGUCAACAUUGGACUAAAGAAAACGGUAUCAUCCAUAGAGACAACUCUAGAACAAGAAGUUCAAAAGAAUCAGAUACUGAAGUCAACGUUAGAAGAGAGAGGAAGUGCAUCACAGGAAAUAAGAGACAGCUAUAGAACACUAAAUGCCAAAUUCUUAGAGCAGAGUGAAGACCUGAGAACUCUAAUUGCUCAGACAGAGGCAUUGCAAAAGAGCAAAGAUCAGAUGACCAAAGUUCUUUCAAAUGUGAAAGAAAAAUUGAAUGAUGCACAGAAGCGUGUAGCUGACAGUUUACGAAUUGCGGAAGAUUCUCUAGUGGAAAAAGAUGCAGCUCUGUUGAGAGAGAAACAUGCACUCAAUGAAGUGCGGAGGCUUGAAAGUACAGUAGCAAGUUUAAUGGAAGAAGCCGGGCAGAAAGCUAAGGCAGAGGUAAACAAGAUUAAAGAUGAUUACAAUGCUAACAUAAAGAAACUGUCCCAGGAGGUGGCUCAGUUGGAAAUGACUCUAAAUCAGAAGCAGUUAGAAUGUGACAGAAGUUUACGUGAACGGAAGAAGAUGGCUGAGGAAGUUGAACGUUUAAUGGCAGAAUUAUGCAACAAAAAAGAGCAACACAGAGCAGAAACGUUAAACCUGCAUGAUCGCAUCAACAUUUUAGAAUCUAAAAUUACAAAUACAAUUGCAGAGAAGAAGAGUGUUUCUGAUCAGAAUGUGCUGAGCAUGAGAGAAUACGAACAGCAAAAAGAGGAAUUGUUCCACAGAAUACAGGAACUGGAACAGCGUCUGAGUACUUCACGUAGCGAGUGCGAGGCCUUGCGUUUAGAAUGUGAAGAGAUUAGAAGUGCAAAUGCUGAUGCUACAGCCACUUUAGAAAGGGCGAAAGAAGAUGGUGAAUCCAGCGAAAAGUUUUUAAAGAGACAGUUAAGACUGAAGACAGAGGAGCUUGAAGAAUUAUCAUCAUCCAGCAGAGUGCGUCUUGAUGCCCUAAAUUCAACACACCAAGAAGUUGUGACACAGCUGCAGGAUAACAUAGCUAGUCUCCAAGAAAGCUACACAAGGCUACAGGUGCAAAUGAAUGAUCAAAGAAAAGAAAGUGAACUAAAGAUGUCUGAGGUCAGUCGACGCCUGCAGGAGUGUCAAAGCAAGAGUCAGCAGUUGGUGCGUUCAUUGCACGAAGCCAGUACAAACUUGGCCAUUGCUAGAGAUCUCAAUUCUCAUUAUGAGAAAAGGAUUCAAGAUGUAGAAGAUCGUCUCCGUGCAUCAGAGAAAAGGUUUGUUACCCUAAGAAGUGGAUCCAGGCAAGAUGAAGGAUUAUAUAAGCCUACUUCUUGAUAUAGGCCAGUAUUUAUCUCGUAUUGUUGCUUUCAUGAACUAAAAAUUGCUUUAUGACAACCGUGUUACAGAUUGCUCAAAACUUUUAUGGAGUGAUAAGCUGAAUUUAGAACACAUAUUAUAAUAUAUUGGCAGAAAAAUUUACUGGACACAGGAUAGGUUACCUAAAGUUCUAGAGAUCUGAAGGUGAAAUUCAGAUUUUUGAAUUUGUUUCAUCUUUCAGUAAAACUAUCUUGUGUAUUGUGGUUAUUAAUGCCCGAGUGACCGAGCUGUUGGAGUCCUUUAUUUCAUGAUUGAAAAGAAGUCAGUUUUUUCGACAUAUUUUUUUCUGUAUGUUAAAAGUGUAUCUUGCUUUUAACUGAUACAUAUUUUAUCAUUUUAAUAUUUUCUAGUUGUUCUCUUAUAUUUAUUAAUUAUGUAAUGAUGCUUUUGUGAUAUUGUUUACUUUAGAAGUGCAUAACAAGAUACCAAAUCAGACUUAUAAAAUGAGUCCACUUUUAUUUAUACAUUUAUAAACGUUUUUAUUAAAAAGAUAAUCUAUUUAAACACUUAACUAUCCUUAACUGCACAAAUGAACCACAAAUCUUAGAAAAAAAUCUUCCCAGCCACCCGUAAUAAAGGUAGGAGAGGUUCCAGUUCGUGAUAAAUGUCCUUAUUCACAAAACCGUCAAUGGGGAAAUGAUAAUCUUGGACACUGAUUUCAGUAUUUAAUAUAUCUCCAUUAUGAUAUCAAACUAGGAAAUACAGUAAGAGCUCUGUAGUCAUUAGCUGCACAAUCAAUACAUCACACACCUUAUACUUAUAAUUAAUAUAUGUAUAUUCUUUUAAGAUACAGACCAUAAUCACAAAAUGAGAAGCAAAUUGAAUAAGCUGCAAUCUGCAGUACUGGACAAACUAAAGGCAUGCUUGAUUCUAACAGAAUGAACUUCCUGCUUAACUUUUGAAAGUAUUAACAAGUUUUAAGUAUCUAAAGACUUCUUGAACACUUUGAUAGCACUCUGAAAAAAGCAAACAUGCUUUAAACGUCCUACAAAUUACAUGGACUAAUCUCAACCCAUGAUCACCAUUUUAGACCUCCAAAAAAUAGCAGUCAUUUUUAUGAGUUAUUUCUAAUUCUUGAAACUACUGGGCUUAAUAAAAUUAGGGGAGCUGAGAUAUGUAAAGGGACCUAAAAUUCAUUUCUAAGAGUUAUUUAUAAUUCUUUAAACCACCAGGAUUAGUAAAAUUACGCAAGAUAUGGAGAAAGCCACCUAGAAAUUUGGAGGACGUCAUCGGGAAGUUUGGUCCA